CCAUUUUUCUUCGAUGGGCGCUCGCCCACUUCUUAAAGCCUUCCCCUGCUCUUCAAACAUCAACAAAACAACUUCUGAAGACCAUCACGACCUUUCAAAGGUAAGACGCGCCCUUCUUCCCUCGACCAACCUCCCAAUCGCUUGCUUGCAUGAUGAUUGUUCAGCUGGCACCAGUCAUAGGGCGACUUGUACUCCCUUCCCUUGAUGACGAAGCUGCGGUCUACCAGGACCAUCUCUGACCUAGCACCACCUCUCUCUUCUUCCUUUGCGCGAUUCUUCUCUCGUACCGAGCCAAUUGCUGACUGGAGAACACAGAUCUGAUUUUUUUUAAGUUCCCGUUCUAUUCCAUACUUCCAUUCCAUAAACCUUUUUUUUUUAAUUUACCGCGAAAAUGGUCCUCCACAACCCCAACAACUGGCACUGGGUCAACAAGGACGUGUCGGUGUGGUCCAAGAAAUGGUUUGAUGACAACCUGACCAAGAUCGAAGCCAAGGAGGGCGAUGUAUCGGCCAAGAUUAGCAAGGUCGUCAGCAUGGACGGCGACUGCGAUGUUGCGCAGCGCAAGGGCAAGGUUAUCACCAUUUUUGAUGUCAAGUUAACGUUGGAGUUCACAGGCUCCACUGCCGAUGGCGACGAGGUUUCGGGGACCAUCACGGUGCCCGAGGUGUCGCACGAGCUUGAUGAGGAUGAAUUUGUGUUUGACAUCGACGUCCACUCCGAGUCCAAGGAGAAGCAGGCUGUCAGAGAUCUGGUCAAGUCCAAGAUCGUCCCUCAGCUUCGCAGCGAAUUCGUCAAGCUGGCUCCCGCCCUCAUCGCUGAGCACGGCAAGGACUUGCAGCACCCUGCUGGGUCGAACCCAUCCAGCGGCUUCACGACCCCCAAGUACCACCCCCCAACCGGCGCCCAAGCCACCAAGGCUACUAUCACAACCACUCAGUCCAAUGCCGGAAGCGUCGUAAACACCACGACCGUGACCGAUAACGAGGAGUUCCGUACCACAGCUGAGGAGCUUUACAAGACCUUCACCGAUCCCCAGCGGAUAGCUGCAUUCACCCGCGCCCCUCCCAAGGUUUUUGAGGGCGCCAAGAAGGGCGGCAGGUUUGAGUUGUUUGGUGGCAACGUGUCUGGCGAGUACGUGGAGUUGGAGGAGCCCAAGAAGAUUGUCCAGAGCUGGCGUCUGGACCAGUGGCCCGCUGGCCAUUACUCUAAGCUCAGCAUUGAGUUUGACCAGAACGACGUUGACCAUGUCACGGUCAUGCGCGUCGAGUGGACCGGCGUGCCCAUCGGCCAAGAGGAGCCCACCAAGCAGAAUUGGCUCGAGUACUACGUCCGCAGCAUCAAGAGGACUUUUGGUUUUGGCACCAUUCUUUAA